AAAAAAAAAGUCAUUGAGUCGAAAGAAAAAUUCUAAAAUAGCCUUCAGUGGUCCUCAAAAAAAGAAGAACCCAAAGCAGAGCACUCGGCAGCUUUAAUCCCUGAGAGUUGCCCCCUUGAAGCUGAAAAAUGGCUGCGAAAUGGAACCAUACUGCUCUCUUGGUGAUUGACAUGCAGAAUGAUUUUAUCCUGGAUGAUUCGCCGAUGAGAGUUGCCGGAGGGAAAGCUAUUGUGCCGAACGUAAUCAAGGCAGUUGAAAUUGCUCGGCAGCGUGGCAUCCUUGUUGUUUGGGUGGUUCGAGAGCAUGACCCACUAGGUAGAGAUGUUGAAGUUUUUCGCCGGCAUUUGUACUCGAAAGGAAAAGUAGGCCCAACCAGUAAGGGAAGUGCAGGUGCAGAACUGGUUGAUGGCCUUGUGAUGAAAGAAGGAGACUACAAGGUUGUCAAGACAAGGUUUAGUGCAUUCUUUGCCACGCAUCUUCAUUCGUUUCUGAAGACCGAGGGAAUCCAGGAUCUAGUGGUUAUAGGUGUUCAAACUCCAAAUUGCAUCAGGCAAACUGUAUUUGAUGCUGUUGCACUGGAUUAUCCAUCGGUUUCCGUCAUCUUAGAUGCUACAGCAGCUGCUACCCCUGAUAUACAUCAAGCUAAUGUUUUCGACAUGAAAAAUAUCGGAGUUGCUACUCCGACGUUGCAGGAGUGGUCUGAACUCUGCAAGCAAGCUUGAUCCACCCGAGAUUCAAACCAAAGUUCUAUUACCGUCCUUUGUUGUAUAUGUAUCAGAAGCUAUGUGUCUUGUCUGGAUGACAUGUUUGGCUCUUUAAUAUGGACUUAUUAUGGAGGCUGCCUUAUUUUUCUUUUUCUUGGAAAUCCAAUUGACUGCCAAAGGAAAUGACCAUCUUUCUCUUUUGC